AUGAGGAGCAAACCCAGAAGCACUACGCUGCCUCUCCCACAGGCGGAGUUCGAGGCGCUGCCCGAUUCGGUCCAGAGAAAGUACUUUUCGUCCUUGGAGCGUCUGCAGAUCCAACGGCAGGCCUUGGACGAGCCUACAUCAGGCCGCUCUUCCCAGGCCAGUUCCUCCAGACUCCACCGGCCCACGUUGUCACUAGGUGCCGCACGCCGCAGACGCAGACUCGAAAAGCCUGUGCUCGAAUACGACAUCUCGCCCGCUGACGUUGAGUUUUUCUUCUCUCUACCCGAAAAAGUCCGCAAGCAGCUGUUUUCGCACGAGGAGCAGUUGCUUCUUCAAGGCUGGCGCGACCAUUCCUUCACGGCCGACGACCCAGACGCCGAGUGGGCACAGCAACGCUUCGACGACUUCUACUUUGACUUUUCACAGUCGUCUAGUCUCGACACUGCCGAGCGCGGACGCUUCUUAAGACCACGUUCAGUAUCGUCAGCAGAAAGCCCACUGAGCGGACCGAGCGGCCUCUUUGCGGCCUUGGAAAAGGUCCCGGAUUACUCCACUACUCCUUCAUACCUCGACACCAUGGCCACCCCUACUCCUAUAUUCACCUCCAAGGAAAUGCCUGCCCGCCACAUGAGAAGAGCAAUGUCCCUUACCUCCUAUCCUGUCCGUGGCGGAUCAUCGUCCUCUCCCUUUGGGCCUCCGUUCCUGAGUGGUAUCAACACUCGCCCCCACCAACGCUCACAAUCCUCUUCUCUCACUGGCCGCACGCCAGUCCACACGCCCGUUUCUCCUGUAUUCGACCCCGAGGCCACUCACUACCAGGACCCGGAGGCGAGGAAGAAGCUACGCAUGUACCUUGCUUCUCCUCAAAAGUUUGAUGAAGCCAUAGAAUUCGGCUUCCCAUCAUCAACAAGCCCCGACACUACUGCACCGCACUACCACCUACCACAGAUUGACACUCAUGCCUGCAAAUUCAGUCGGGACAUGCAAACAUUUCUCAGAGACGGACAACUGUCCUUCUUCGAGGAUGACCGUCACGAUAACGAAGGGUUAGAAUCAGAUGCCGACUCUGUUGCCGACAUGGAAUCGCCAGCUACGCCCUCCAGUACCGGCGUAUCUUUUCGUAUACAUUCUCGCCAAACAUCACAUCGGAACUUGUCCCUGGAUUCACCAAUGCCAUCGCCUGUACACUCAACACACGCCCAACUAAACCGGGAGAUGACUCUGCGCAUGACCUUGACCCGUCCGGAUCUCCGUGCAGACGAAGACCAGCUGUAUGGCUGGCAAGGCGCCUCGUCUAGCCCCAAGCCUCGAAAAGACGAUCCUUUGGCGCUAGAGGAUCUUGUCUUCAGCGACGACAUGACCGGCACCAAAGGCGCAUUCUAUGUCAAGCCCAAGCCGCGCGGAAACCUAGUCAGCCGCCUGCUCAAGCGCACCAGUUUGAAAUCUCGAUGA